AUGUUACUUAAUUCAAUUAUUUCAAUUAAUUACAAACAACAAAUCAAUUCCGAUUUGAAAGAAAAUAAAAGUUCAAUUUUAAACUAUGAUAGUAAUUUAAUUUCAAAUUCAAAGGGCGCUGUUGUUGGGGCAUUCUUUACACGUCCAUUUUAUAUCUAA